AUGAACUUCAGACUUCUCCGCCUCAUCAUGCUUUUCGGUGAAAUUUUCGCAAUAACCCCUCGAAGAAACAAAGUAAAAAAAAUCAGAACCAAAAUCUACUCAAUCUGCGUCAUCACUGCACUCAUGGUAGCUUCAACCAUCUCCGUUUUGUACUACCGACAACCCCUUUACGUCAACUUCUCGCCAAUCAAGCUAGUCCUGACAAUCAGCAUGGUGCUCAUCGUCAACAUCUUCAACUGCUACACAGUGUUGGCACCUGUGUAUUUCAAAAGGCGCCAGUAUUGUUUUUUGAUUCGGAUGUUGGAACAAAAUGACAACGUAACCUUAGACGACUUGUGCGAGAAAAUACCCUUCUAUGCGGGUUUCGUCGCGCCAAAUGUGAUAUACUGGGGGAUCACAGUGUACGUGUCUUACGUUUGGACGGAUAUUCUGGGUUUUGAGUACUACGAGCAGUAUUUCGUCGAAGUGAUACAACUCUACUUCCAGUUUUACUACAGCUAUUUUCUCUGCAUGUUUGUUAAAGUCUUCGUCGGAAAGUACAAAUACGUGAAUUUUCUUCUGUCGGAGCAGAUAUUGUACAUGCAGAUGAGAAGACCCACGACCUUGGAAAGAUUCCCGAUUUCGAUGAGGAGGAUCGAGAAUCUAGUGUGUUUUUUGAAAGAGAUGAAUGUGGCGUUUAAUGACGUUUUUGGGUGGCCGAUUAUUUUGAUCAUUUUGUAUUCGAGUAUCUUGUUGCUCAACUAUUUGGACGAUAUUUUUAAAAAUAGUUUUGGUUAUAGUAAAAAUCAGUACGUUGGGGUGAUCAUUUCUAAUAUUAGUGUGGUUUUUCUGGCUAAUAUUGGUACUAUUGCGUUAAUUCUUCUAUGCGAUUUGGUACUAGAUGAAGCAAAAACUACUACGUUACUAGCUUACAAACUGCGCCAAUAUGCUCUUUUAGUGGAAAAACAGGAAAUUUCUGAUUUUAUUACAUUGAUGUCUGACAAUUUUCCACAGUUUACAGCGGCUGGGUUUUUUUCUGUAAAUAAGACAACCAUUUUGAACAUUAUGGGUACAGUUACAACGUUUUUUAUUAUAAUAAUACAGUUCAAUACUAGUAGAGUCCUGUAUUGCGAUAAAUAUGGAGUGUGA